CUGCUGAAUAACGGACUCUCUGAAACCUUACUGUUUUUGGCGAGAAUCGAACCUCUCAAAUCCCACGUUUGUCGUCGUCUUGUCUCUCCUCUUGACUGCUGCAUGUACUGUCAGCUACUGGCGUAGACUGUUGCCGCCGAACAGCAAACUGUUCUGCUUGUCUUUUCUUUCUCUGCACCGCUUUGAUAUCGGCGUUUUUGUUGCGUUUAACGUUGCCCGAAAGGAAAAAUCGAUUGGAAAUACUGGAUAUGUCGUGAUAAAACUGCGAGAAACCGGCAGCGUGGAAAGUCAUCGUCGCAUACCUUCGCAAAAGCUCUGAGCAGCUGGGGGGCACUCUCACCCGACACAGAAAAGCCAGGCGCGUAUGAAAACCGAGGAAAGUUCCACUUUCCAUCGACUAGUACUUUUCUGAUUGGUCCGAGCCUUGCUUAAUUUUGACAUUCUAUCAUAGCUUUCCUGUACUGGACACCAGACACGACUGCCGUGCGCGUUUUCCGAGUCAACGUGUGUCCGCAACCGCCGCGGCGUAAGCCCUGUUCUGUUCCUGCUAAAUGGUAGCGUGUUGUUGGUACUUUCUUCUUUCUUUUCUCUCGACUACCAUUUCUCUCUUCCUCUCGCCUUUCUCUUCCAUCUGUGCACAGCGGUUCCCCCCGAAUCCCAUCCUUUUGAACGAACACAUUUUCCCGCGUAUAUCUCCACCGUCGCGGAAUUCUGAAAUAUCAUCUGUGUUAGUGGCCGUUUUCUUCCCCCUUUUCUCCCACUGUUCCUGAUCCUUUUUCCCGCAGAAAGGUUUACUCUGGAGUCUUUUUCGCGACACCCGUUUUUUUGCUUUUCCGCCGACUUAGAGCUUGUGCAGGCUGCGGGCGUCUCGCAGAGCCGCGUUGCGCUCUGAGCCUCGCUUGUUCUGUACUUUUCUGUUCGCCUGCGGAUUUCUUCGUUGAGUUCCUUCCUUUUCUGCUGUCAUUUUCCUUGAGUGUCCGUUCCGGACUUCGUGGUACGUUUCUUCGAUGGAAUCCUCCCAGCCCGCAGAGGCUGCCAGGCCUCGCCGCUGUCACCUCGCUUGCCGAGCGUGGAGUGGUUUGAAGCAGGAGAAACUGGCGACUUGGAUGGCACAGCAAAAACUCCCUUUUCUUCAACUCGACAAGAAGCACCAAGCUGCCUGGGCGUUCAUCGACUUUGCGUCCAAAGAACAGGAAGACGCGUUCACAGCUUUGCUUUCGAAUGUUUUCUUCAAGCGCGAGAGAAUCCAAAUCCACCCUGCGCACCCACGCGCCAGUGUCUCGUCCCCGGCGCCGCCCAAGGACCCAGCGUCUCCGGGUCUGGCUCGGGGGGCCGGCGCCUCGUCGCCUCACGCCUCCGGAAGCUCCGGCGGGGGGUCGGAGAAGCGAACGGGAGGCGGGGGAGGCGGGGGAGACGGCGAAGGAGGAGACAGGACGAAGCCGAAGCGGCGGCGACGGGGGCAGGGCUCUUGGGGCGCUUCAGAACACACUGAAAGUUGCGGACUCCCGGCAACAAACGCAGACUCGUCCGGCGCCGGAGAGCCACCACACGUAUGCGGGUGGCGCCCUGGAAGCCCCAAGCCGCGUAUCCCCUCCCUGCUGGAGAUCCAGAGAAAACGAGGACCAUCGAAACACUCGCCGCUUGGUGAAGAGCCCGAGGACGAGGCCGGAGACGGCGCUGACACCGUUGCCCAGCGGACCACUCCUCUCAUGAGAUUUUCGUAUCAAGAUCAACUGGAGAUGAAACGCACGUACCUUAGGACACACAUUCGUCAACUUACCAGAGCUGUCUAUACAGCGGCGCUGCAGAUGGGUUUCCCUGGCCUCUCCGGAGACUCGGAAAGGCAAGAAGGGGGGGAAGAGGAGGACCACCAAAGCCCGGCAGAGCCGACGACUCAGGUGUAUAGACACUCGGACGACGAAGGCGGGGCUGCGAGGCCCGACGCAGACGCGAAGACAGAGGGGAAGGAACAGUCGCUUCCUUGGUUUCAUCCUCAGGUCGCCAAACGGUGGAACGGUUGUGAGGUGCUGCCGACGGUGGCCUCGCCUCCGGCAGGCCGUCUUGGCUACCGAAACAAAUGCGAAUUCACGAUUGGAUACACUCACGAGGUCGAGGAUUCGUACGACGAGAAGCUGCACCAGUGCAUUCGCCUCCUUUGCGAGAGACAGAAAGCGGCUGCCCUUGUUCCUCAGCUUCAGCAGGACAUCGAUGGAGACGAACCGUGGUGCACUGUGCUCCAACACAAACCCCGGCACUGUCUGGUGGCAGUCGCCUCUCAGGCGCACUCGCAGGGAGAUAAGCCACGGGGUCUGUUUCUGCGGGCCGCAGGCGAGCCCGAAAACCUGGGGCGAGGAGACGCCGGAGACAGCCGCGGCGCGACCGCGGUCGCGGAAUCCAACGCGGGCCCAGCGGACGCAACCACCGAGACCGAGAGCCAGGGCGACACAGCGCUCGCGGAAAAGCCAGAAGAGACAGUUUCGCCGGGGAACGACCAGGAACACAAGCGGCGGAUCGGCCGGUGGAUGGUGACCGAGAAAGAGUACGAGACCUAUCUAGCCCACCGCGCGCGCGUCUGCGUCGGCUUCGUCAAGCGGGUCAAGGAACAGCAGCCUCUCGUCGCACCCGCCUCCGGAAGUCUCCUCGUCAGUCAUGCCAUGCAGGAACUGUGCGUCGAGCUCCAGGCGAUCAUUCAUCGUUCGCCGUUCCCAGUCUACAACCGCCGGACGCAAAAAGGAGUGUGGCGACUCCUGAUGGUGCGGUCGUCGGAGGCAUACCGCGAACUUCAGGUACUGGUCCAAGUGAAGUCGUUUGCUUCUCCGAACUCCAGAGAGCUGCGUUGCGGCCCACUGUGUGCGCGAGGCCGCCGGAGAGAAGACAAAAAGGGAGACUCUCCCGACGUUGGAAAAAAGGACCUCCUUCUCCCCGCCCCCUCCCCGGGAGAGUCGCCGCAUACUCCUAACGGACACAACGUACGUAGCGUCGCCCUGGCGCCAUCCAGCGAAUGCGGAGUGGAGGCCGAGAGUGCGACGCCAGACGGAAAAAAGGAAACGGACGACUGCUGCCGCCGCGCAUGCAUCCAGGCUCUCGUCGACGGUCUGGCCAACAAACAGUUCGAUGGAUUCACCGUCCGGUCGGUCUUCCUUGAAGAAAGCGAUGCGGCUGCAGACUGCAUCGACCCUGCCCACCCCACCGAAAAGAUUUGGGGGGCUGACUUCCUGACUCAGAAAGUUGCUGGCCUCGAUUUCAGUGUUGGCCCUCACAGCUUCUUUCAGACGAACACGGUGACUUGCGGCCUGCUGUAUCAAACUGCGCUGAACUACGUCUGGCCUCUGCCGCGCGACACACCCUUCGUCGAUGUCUGCUCGGGGACUGGAACGAUCGCGCUCUGCGCAGCUGCUGCGUUGCUCGAGGAGACAGGCGAGAGGCGAGUGGAGACUCCGAAGGCGACGGAGGAGUCAGGAGAGCGCGACACCGAGAGAGGAAACGAACCAAGUUUCCCCAGAGUCGUGGGGAUCGAGAUGGUGGAAGAAGCCGUGAGACAUGCGAAGGAAAACGCAGACCGAAAUCACAUGGCAAAAUAUGUCGAUUUCAUAUGCGGAAAAGCCGAAGACGUUUUGCCUCAACUGCUCCAGGACCGGUACCGCGGCUGCACGAACUUGGCUGCGAUUGUCGACCCGCCUCGCGCUGGCUUGCAUUCGCGCGUGCUCGAUGCCAUUCUCGAUUUCCAGCCCAUCAAGCGGCUCGUGUACGUCUCAUGCAACCCGACGUCAAUGGUGGCGAACUGCAUCAAACUGUGCACACCGUCGCCGUCGAACCGCGAUCCGUUCGUCCCCAUGCAAGCCGUCGCGGUAGACAUGUUUCCUCACACCCUUCACUGCGAAGGCGUGUUGCUGCUGUGUCGCUUGUCGGACGUCGCGAAGUGCCGCCGCGAACUGGCGACGAAGGCGCGAGAGUCGCCCGCGCGCGUUCAAGAGGUACUCCGCGCAGUCGAGGCCGAGAGCGACCGCAACCGCUUCGCGGACAACGUGAGAGGACGAACUGCGGAGCCAACUGCGAAAGACUCUCCGGGACAGAGAUGCGCCGGCUCGCGGACGAGGCGCCGUCUGCAUGCAGAGACAGAAGAACUCUUGAAAGGCGUUGACGAAGCCGAGGACGCGGGAACUGCGAAAGGCCGCAGCGGCCGCAGCAGCGGCGGGGGAGGGCCUGCGACGCGAGCUGCAUAUAGCGACGAGGAUACACUUGCGGGAGACUCAGGUGACAUCGCGUCUGGAAAGAGAAGGCGAGAACCGAUCAACGACCGCGAGGAGAGUUCUGCAGCCGUCGGGAUUUCGGCGGCCAGCAACCCACUUCUGGGGUGAACGUGCGUUUUGAAAUUCGAGGUUCGCCGCAGGGAGCGCAGCAGAGAGAUCCAACUCCAGGGUCGACAAAUAUGGCAUGUUUCUGAGGUCAAGAGUCCGUCAAACAAUGCGAAUUUCAAGUUUCCUGAGGCGCUGAAAAAUUGAGGCAAACCGCUCUUCGGGAAACAUACUACACGCUUGCGCGCGGCGAGGGUGACCACAGAGGGAUCGGAAGAUGCUCUCAGGCUGCUAACUGCGCUUGACAUGUCGUACGGUACAGGCCCGGCGGCAGUGCUGCUUUCGGGGGAGAGAGGCCUAAGUAGAAAAUGCAGCGGGAAAUGGACGAGCGCCGCUUUAGUUUAACGGCGGAGACGUUUGCAACAAAGUCCGAAACUGUUUGUCAAAAAAAAGACGUGGAACGUAGGUAGGGGAAACCGCUUGCAACCAUGCAUACAGGCACCUUCGUUUCGUAUCUGCGUCGCCACCGUUUUCAGUCUUUGCGAGUUUUUCUCACCAAGGAACGUGGAUUCUCGAAACAGCUUUCCUGUCGACGCAAGGCAAAACCCACAGAGUCUCCGCGCUUAAUCUUUCAUGACGGCUUUCCCCGGUUUGCCACAGAAUCAAUGGGCGGAAAUUCUACGCACGUCCGAUAGAUAGACAGCGCUGUGUGCUGCGGAUGACCUUGAUGAGGAGCACAGGCAAC